CACAGCUGCACGACCGCAACGCUUACGAAGCGAUUCGGAUCUCCGCGACAAAUGACAAUUCUCAGCAUUCUACGAUGUAUCCAUCCGUUGGAGGCCUGCGAUACAAGGCUGUCACGAAGGGUAUAGGCCUGGUGGGCGUGAUCUGCUUAGGUACGUCGCGAUGCUAACGCUAUGCUAAUGCUAUGCACGGAGUCGACUCAAAUCCCCAUUGAAGCAUUGAGAACUCCACGACGCUGCUUGGAGAAUGUAUGAUCCUACUCAUCUUUGGCCUUCCCCACAGACAACCCGGCGCGAACCUCAACCUCCCACUACGCAUACUACCACUUGGCGACGCAACAACAUGGGGCUGGCAACCAAACCAAGAGAACGGAACAGAUGGAUAUCGCGCGCGACUGCUACGUGAGCUCGUACGUGCGCGCUACCACUCGGUUGACUUUGUUGGCACACAGCACUCUGGGUUCAUGGACAACAAUGACAAUGAGGGGCAUGAGGGGCAUACAAUUAGCCAGCUGCAGGGCGUAAUGAGAGACGGGCUACAGAUGCGACCAAACUUGGUGCUGCUACACGUUGGCACGAAUGAUCUGGCUCGCCCUGAAAGUAUGGCAGAAAGAUGGUCUGAUGCGCCGAAUCGAUUAGCAAGUUUACUCGAUGAAGUGCUGGAUGUAUGUCCGGAUGCCGUUGUGCUCGUUGCAAAGAUCAUACAGGCAGAGAAGAUGCAGACUAGGGCAAAUAUCGAGGCCUUCAACGAUGCAGUGCCUAUGGUGGUGAGGAAGAAGCUUGAACAGGGCUUCAAGCUCGCGGUCGUCGAUCACAGCAUCAUCGGGCCUAGCGAGUUGGUUGAUGGGUUGCAUCCAUCGUACGCUGGGUAUUUUCACAUGGGGGAGAUCUGGCUGGAGGCUAUCAAGACCAUCAGUGCUCAAGGGCUAAUAACAGCGCCUAUUGCGGUACAGUACCACACAUGACCACCAAAGAUCUCGAACAUACAUCAUUGGCCAGGUGUCAAGAAUCAUUUGGUCCGGUGAAGCUUCAAGGCGUAUACUGCUAUCCGACAGUACUCAGGACAUGGACUGGACGCCUCGUAUCAUGGAUG